CACAUAAUGUGUUAUGCUUUUCAUCGCACCGCUGACCGUCGCUCCCACGCUGGCGCGCGCGCCCAGGGCCGUCAUCCGGCCGGCUAGCCCCAUUUUCAUGGCGGACGCGGCGGGCGUCGCUUCUUGGUACGACCAGGGCGUCAGGCUACGUGCCUCGCCACCCCCCGAGGGCUACGUGCCCCAGGGCUACGCCGAUGCGGCUGCGGCUGCGGCUGCCGACGAGGUGAACGUCGCGCUUGCAGAGGCGGGCGAGGCGGAUGCUGAUUUGGAGGCUGCCAUCGAGGCGGAGGAGAAGGCACUGGAGGAGGCGGUGGCGGCGGUCGGCCCUGCGGUCGCCGAGGCUGUGGCAGAGGCGGCCGAGGCGGCGUCACCAGCGGUUGCUGCAGAGGCCGCCGCGCCCGAAGCUGCUCUCGCGCCUCCUCCGGCGGUGUACGUGGCUCCGCCGCCAGCUGCGCCGCCGCUUGCGCCGCCGCCGCCGCCCUCGACGCCGCCGCCGCCCUCGACGCCGCCGCCGCCCUCGACGCCGCCGCCGCCCUCGACGCCGCCGCCGCCGAGGACGAGCAGCGCACUCACCACGUCGAAGCUCCCCGCGGCGGUCGCCGCCCAGCUCGAGGAGCUCGACCUGUACGACCCGACGACGCUCGCGCGCGACGACCGGCAGGAGGUGCUGGGCACGGCGGCGGUGGGCGCGCUCGGCCUCUUCCUGCUCCCGCUCUUUGAGGUUGGCCUCCUCGGCGAUGUCGCGCUGUCGGUGCUGCUCGGCGGAGGGGCGGCCUCGUACGUCGCGCUGCGCAAGGACGAGGUUGGGGACGGCGCGCGCAGGCUCGUGGGCAAGACGGCCGUCACCGCGGCGGACAAGGCGCGCGAGUACGAGCGCGAGCAGCAGCUGACGGCAAAGUCUGCGGCCAAGGCCAAGGAGGUCGCGUCGCAGGCGUGGGCAGAGCUCAAGAAGAGCCUCGAGUAGAGGGAUUGGGCGCGGCGUUUCGCCGCCGGCGGGGGUCGUACGUCUUUCUCGCCCUCGACGGCGGCGAUGAUGAUCACAGCGGUUCUUUCUCGAUUUCCCGUCGGCCCAGCAUAGAUUUCCCGCGCCUUUGCGCAGACACAGCAUCCAAACAGAGCAUGUAUUCGAUCGGCUAAACGAUGGGUUCCGCGUGC